AUGACGGGCGAGUCAAAGACUGGCAGCGAGGCAGGAGAGAGCGAGGACAGAGACACGGAUAAAUGUCUGAAACGCACUCUGAAGCUGAACUUCUUCAGCCCCUGCAGGAAGUUCAUCCUCUGCUGGGCCUUCUUGGAUCAGUGGGGUCACGCGGAGGAAAUCGAGCUGGUGAACGAUGGAUCUGGUUUGGGCUUCGGCAUCGUGGGAGGGAAGACGACCGGGGUGGUGGUCAGGACGCUCAUCCCAAACAGCGUGGCUGACAAGGACGGACGUCUCCGCACAGGUGACUACAUCCUUCGCAUUGGGGCGACGCCCACCAGUGGCCUCACUAGCGACCAGGUCGUCAAGGUGCUGCAGGCGUGCGGGAGUCACGUGACCAUGCUGAUAGCUAGGGAUCCCCGGGGUCAGAGGUCAACUGCCCCGCCUCCCCCACCACCUCCAAACUCUGCCCCCGUCUCCUCUUUACCCCCCCAACCCCCAGACCUGCCCCCCCAACGUCGACUCAGCAAUACGCAAGAAGGAUGGCCAGAGCCUCGGCAUCUCCAUCAUUGGCUACAACCCCUGACCAGCCAAGAUGCAGUCGGUGUGUUUGUGAAACAUGUCGUCCCAGGCAGCGCAGCAGAUCACAGCGGAAACGUCCGAAUCCACGACCGACUGCUCGCUUUGGACGGCGUCAGUCUUCACGGUCUGACCAAUCAGGAAGUUCUGGAGGUGAUGAAGAAGACCGGUCAGACCGUCGUCCUCACUCUGGUCAGAAAGAAACCCAGAACCCUGGAGAGAUCCCUGGACAAAGUGGAGAGGGAGUCAUCUCGUGUGUCAUUCAGGAGAUCGUUGGAGGUCAAGUCUCGCUCAUCUGGGUUGGACUUUACGACGCCAAAACUGGAACCAACGUACCCAAACGCAGCACAGCUAACAAGGGCUACAGAUGCAGAACUGAUGGAUAAAUGGGAGCAGGCUCUGGGACCAAAGUACCAAGUUCUGGUGGUGAAGUUGGAUCCUGUCAUUGAAGACGAUGCAGAGCUGCAAAGAUCCUCCAAGCUGCUGCCCAUCCACACUCUGCGUCUUGGUGUGGAGUUGGACUCGUUUGAUGGUCACCACUACAUCUCCUCGGUGGUCCCUGGAGGCCCCGUGGACAAACAUGGAGUCUUGAGACCAGAGGAUGAGCUCCUGGAG